UCCCGGAAAUAGUAGGCGCGAAUUCGAGAAGCUGUGGUCCUCCAUGUCAGCUGUGUUGUGAGUACGGCUGCAGCUAACUAGGUUAGGUUCCCAAGAUGUCUAAAAGGAAAAGCAGCUCUGCCAGUGAUAACCCGCACAAACGGGUCAGACCUGCGGUGGAGGAAGACGUGGAAGAUGAAAAUGAUAGUAGCGAGGAAGAUCCUCCAUCGAAUAAACAGAGUGCCAGUGAGGUGCUGAGUGAUGCAGGGAUUGUGGAGAGCAUCACACUGAAGAACUUCAUGUGCCACUCUCACCUCGGGCCGUUCACUUUUGGUUCCAAUGUCAACUUUGUUGUCGGCAACAAUGGAAGUGGAAAGAGUGCCGUUCUGACCGCUCUCAUAGUUUCCUUAGGCGGGAAUGCACAUGCCACAAACAGAGGAUUGUCCCUCAAAGGUUUUGUGAAGGAAGGAGAAAGUCCCGUCAUAUAUGUGAAAUAUUGCAAAGGACUCAUUCAUAACUUUCUUCCAAAGGUCAACAAUCCUGUCUCAGUUCUCACUCAAGAGAUGAGCAAAUACUUCCUACACUCCAAAGGAGAGGGAGACAAAUAUAAGUUUUUUAUGAAAGCUACCCAACUGGAUCAAAUGAGAGAGGAUUUUGUCUACAUCAAAACCACCAAGCAUGUCACGGAGGAUAAAGUUGAGCAACAUAGUCAAUGCGUAAAAGACUUGAAGCGGAAGUACCUGGAGAAAGAGGAACGUUACAAGAACCUGGAAUCAUUUGAUGAAAUGCACACCAAACUGGAGGAGUUGCAGAAGCAAAUGGCUUGGGCUUUGGUGAUUGAAAUGGAGAAGGAGUUAAAGCCAAUGAAGGAGAAGCUGCAGUCAGACAGACAUUCUACGGAGAAAUAUGAUGAGAAGGUGGAUGAAUGGAAGAAUAAGGUCGAGAAGGCUGAGAAGAAAUACAGGCAGAUCCAGGAACAGUUGGAGGGAAUCACACAACAAGUCCAGGAGCUCCAGCCUAAAUGCGCUGAGCUCAAGUCCGAGGCCCAGAAACAAAAUACCCUUCUCAAGUCCAGCGAGGUCACUGUUCACAGAUGCAUGGCUAACCUGAGGGACCUGGAAAAGGACAAGGUUCAGCUGUCCUCGAGGAUAAAUGAUCUCAAGCUGAGCAUCAGUCAGACAUCAGGAGUGGAGAGCCAGGCCAGGACGACGCGUGCAGAGCAGAUGCAGGCUGAGCUGGAAAACCUGAAACACCAGAUCGCCACUCUGGGCCAGCAGAUAGACCAGUAUGAGCACGCCUGCAUCCGUGCCAGGGAAGAACAAGGAAAGAUGAGCCGAGAGCAAAUUUUGCUCAACAAAUCCAUUGAAGCCAACACCAGGAACAAGCGGACUAUGGAGAGCAGUCGGUCCAAUCGUCUGCGGCGUUUUGGAGAGCACAUGCCCGCACUCUUCAACGCCAUCGAGGAAGCUCACAGAAGGGGCCAGCUCAAGCACAAACCUCGCGGACCUCUGGGUCACCUUAUUAGCCUGAAGGACCCGGAGCUGGCGCUGUGUGUGGAAAUAUGUCUUAAAGGCCAGCUGCAGGCCUUCACUUGUGAUAACCACGAGGAUGAGAAGGUGCUGCAGGGCCUCAUGGCCAAAGUGUGCCCAAAUGGCCGUAGACCUGCCAUCAUCACCAGCCAUUUUCUCUCGCGUGUCCAUGACACAAGAUCGAGGGGCGUGAAUCAACCCGAGUACCCAUCAGUGCUUCAAGCGCUAGAAAUUGAGGACCCAGUUGUGGCCAACUGUCUGAUCGAUCAACGGGGUAUAGAGAGCAUUCUGCUCAUUAAGAAUCGAACAGAUGCUCGGAGAGUGAUGCAGGGCAGAAACCCUCCUCUGAACUGUAACCAGGCCUUUUCCAAGGAGGGAGAUCAGAUCUUCACUAACCGUAGCUACACUGCUGAGCAGACCAGAGCCAACUACCUCUCUGGAGAUGUUGAGGAGGAGAUCAGGCACUUGCAGAAGGAGAUCGAGAACCAGAACGCUCAGGCAGCUCGCUUCCAGCAACAGAUGAAAAAGUUAGAUGACGACAUCAAACAGAACGAAGUGCUGCUGAGAAGAACCCAAGUAGAGCAGAGGACUAUCAAAGAACAAGCCACGAAGAUAGAGCUGGAGUUGACAGAACUACAGCAUGCGGAAGAGCCUCAGUCAGAGGACCUCAAUCCCCUGGAGGAAGAUCUUCAAGAGAUUGUGUCUAAGAUCUCGUCCAAGCGUGCCGAGUACGACGAGGCACAAGCUCAGAUGGCUGAGUGUAAGGUCUCCUAUGAGAAGGCAGAGCAGGAGUACAAGCAGCACAAAGAGCAGAUCAACACGGCUGCCGAAGAGGCCGACCCAGUCAAGGAGGAGCUGAGUAAGACUGAUCAGGACGUGAUGAAGUGCAAGCAUCACAAGAAACACUAUGACGAGAAACGCAGUGCCCAUCUCCUCAACAUACAGACCCUUGAGGCCAACCAGGAAAGCAAGGAACGGGAACUUCAGAGUUCUGUGGAAAAGGCCACAGAAAUCUGUCCAGAGCGCGUGGAAGUACGAAGGACAGCCAGGAGUCUGGACAGCGAGAUCAACCGUCUCAAGGUGAAGAUCACCACCCAGCAGGAACAGCAGGGGGACCGCGAGGAGGUUGUGAAGCAGUACCACGAGGCUCUGGAGAACUACAAGAACAUGGCACAGCAAAUGAAGAACCUCAACGGCUUCAUCAAAAGUCUCGAUAGUGUUAUGAACCAGAGACUCCAGGUUUACGCUGAGCUCAGGAGGUUCCUCUCGGCCCGCUGUAAAUACUACUUCGAUAGCACGCUGGCGCAGAGAGGCUACACUGGAAGUAUGACCUUUAACCACAAGAAUGAAACCCUCUCCAUCGCAGUGCAGCCAGGUCAGGGAAACAAGGCUGACUUGAGUGACAUGCGUUCUCUGUCGGGAGGCGAGCGCUCCUUCUCCACCGUUUGCUUUGUUCUCUCCCUUUGGGCCAUCACAGAGGCGCCUUUCCGCUGUCUUGAUGAGUUUGACGUUUACAUGGACAUGGUAAACAGGAGGAUAUCAAUGGACAUGAUGCUGAAGGUGGCUGCCGGUCAGCGCUACAGACAGUUCAUCUUCCUCACACCGCAGAGCAUGAGCUCUCUUCCAGAGAGUAAAAUCAUCCGCAUCCUCCGUCUAAAAGAUCCAGACCGUGACGACGCACAAAAAAAUCAAGUUGAGGACCGGUAGUAUUGUUAGCUGGUAAUUUAACCGUCCAAUCAUCAAAUUUUUGAUCAGACCAGCAGAAGAUGCCAAGACUCUCCAUCAGGGCAAGAUGCGGGAGUGUACCGAUUCCUGUCUUCUGGGGACAGUUGUCAUGUUAAAGAAGUGCAACCAGAUGUUGUUCUCUACCCAUCAAGAGGGCUUUGCUUUUAAGGAUUACUUCUGUCAGUGAUCAAAAGUAAUACAAAUUGUUUAAAUUUCUGUUUAGUAGACAUUGUGUUAAAUGUUUUGUACUACAACACUGAAUGCAAGUACCAACACAAUAGUGUAAGCACUGUUACAUAGAUGGGUACUGCACAGGGAGGGAACAUAUGUUUAUAUCCAAUUUUAAAAUAAGUUAAUGAUGUCAUUGUUAGAUAUAUUUAAUGUUCAUUAAACCAAACAAGUUAAGAGACAAA